AUGCCUGAGCAAGUGGCCUGCUCAAUGUCACAGCUUUCGAUCAGCUCUGCGGAUACAGAAGACUGGGACCGGUCGAUGAGCAGCGACCUUGGGGAGCUGACGACGAUUCCCACACCACGAAAUUCAGUCUCGUUUCCAGGGAACGGCGCAGAGGGCGAACACGGCGGGGCGGCGAAUGGUGCGACUGGCUCGCUGGGGCGGGGGGCAGGAAACCGGACGCUGAGCGAGCUGCUGAAACUGCACGCGGAGAAGGGCACGGACGUGAACUUCACUCCGGAGGAAGCAAGCAGAGUCGCGGACGUGCUCGGGCAAUGGAUCAAUUCCUCGUCCUCGCCAUAUGAGGGCGAAGACGACUUCUUUUCGCGUCAACACUCGCAGGACGACUCGUCAAUACCGAGCCGCUCCGCGUCGACCGCCCCCGAUGCGGGCCGGCCGCGCGGGCAAAGCGAAAGCGUUGUGGGCAAAUCAUGA